UCCAGACUUGGAUGGCUGUGACGGCACUGAGGGGGCUGGGCUAGGAAGCUGUCCUUCUCCACCAGCUGAUGUGGACGGCUCAGCCAGUAAUGCUGGGGACUGAGGCAGAGGCGAAGAUGAGGGGCUGUUUCUGAGAUCACGGCAGGGGUCAUCCUCAUACAGCACUUGAACUGUGAUGUCCUCCAUGAUCUCCUACUCAAACCCGUCAUCUUGUAGAUCCUCGUCAUGUACUUCCUCCACCAGCCUGUCUUCCUCCUCUGGGUUCUGGAGCACCGGAGUCAGGGUUUUGCCGGUCUGGCUGUAAAGGUGCUCCAUUCCCAGCAAUUCACCUUAAAAAAAUAAAACAAUAAAAAAACAUAUAUUAAAUAAAACUAAUGAUAAAAUAAACAUUUAGAUUACCAUUUUGUGCAGUACAUUAAAAGCUUAAUUAAUAACUUCCAUAACAACUAAUUAAUGGAUUUCUUGCCUGUAUAUGCUCCAGGAGGGUGAUAGCGGUGAUCCCAGGGCUUGCGUCCUGAGACAUAUCUUUUGGUGGACAAUGAGCAUUGUGUUUUUCCUCUCUCUCUCCCUGCAGGUAACUGUGUCCACCUGGUAGCAAUCAUUGGAUCUUUCUAGAGAGGAGAGAGAGUAUUUAACCUGAGCUGCACUUCAAACCAGUGUUGGUGGUGUCAAGUGCAGUGGCGGAGCUUUUCUCCAAAUUCAGACCUGACUCAUGAGCCCAUCAUACGCAUUUAGAGCCGGAAAAAGAAUUGAUCGGUUCACCUCAUGAGUCAGGUCUGAAUUUGGAGAAAAGCUCAGCCACUGCACUUGACACCACCAACACUGGUUUGAAGUGCAGCUCAGGUUAAAUACUCUCUCUCCUCUCUAGAAAGAUCCAAUGAUUGCUACCAGGUGGACACAGUUACCUGCAGGGAGAGAGAGAGGAAAAACACAAUGCUCAUUGUCCACCAAAAGAUAUGUCUCAGGACGCAAGCCCUGGGAUAACCGCUAUCACCCUCCUAAAGCAUAUACAGGCAAGAAAUCCAUUAAUUAGUUGUUAUGGAAGUUAUUCAUUAAGCUUUUAAUGUACUACACAAAAUGGUAAUCUAAAUGUUUAUUUUAUCAUUAGUUUUAUUUAAUAUAUGUUUUUUUAUUGUUAUAUUUUUUUAAGGUGAAUUGCUGGGAAUGGAGCACCUUUACAGCCAGACAGGCAAAACCCUGACUCCGGUGCUCCAGAACCCAGAGGAGGAAACAGGCUGGUGGAGGAAGUAGAUGACGAGGAUCUACAAGAUGACGGGUUUGAGGAGGAGAUCAUGGAGGACAUCACAGUUCCAGUGCUGUAUGAGGAUGACCCCUGCCGUGAUCUUAGAAACAGCCUCUCAUCUUCGCCUCUGCCUCAGUCCCCAGCAUCACUGGCUGAGCUGUCCACAUCUGCUGGUGGAGAAGGACAGCUUCCUAGCCCAGCCCCCCAGUGCCGUCACAGCCAUCCAAGUCUGGAGACAGUCUCUCUGUUGAGGCUCAGGGAGUAAAUCAUUGGACCUGAUGGCAUUGCUGGGUGGGACAAGGUCCAGGAUCUGGCUGCUUAUUUGGUAGGUCUUCGUGAGGCUCCUUACCUCACUGACCUGCAGGUGACAGAGGCCAUCCAGCUGUGGACAGCUCUCCUGGAUGUUGAUAAACAGCGCAUCAACUACCAGCCUCGACAUAAGCCUCAGCUGACACAUGCGCGUUUUAAGGCACCUUAGCGCUCCGGAGUCACUCCAGGUGUGGAGAGCGUCAAGCGCUGUCUGAUUGGACAUCCUGGGGGUCCAGCACAGUGGCCUAGCACCAGCCGCUUGGUUGAGGCCAUUUGUACAAAGCUGUGUGCCGUUCACAAGUCCACUUCCAAGAAGGCUGGUGUUCGCACGCCCAGGUGGUCUAAAAUACUGACCGAUUACCACCACAUCCGGGAUCUGGUGCUUGGCAGUCGCAGGCUGAUGGAUGAAACAGUGAUCCAGCUUUUUGAGCUAAACCAGAAGACGCUUAUUCAGUGGUUUCAACGGAGGCAAAAGGAUCAGGAAAUGAGUGUACUCACUCAGGGACUGACUCCACUUGAUCCAAUUGCUGUGGCAGAUACGCAGCUUCCUUUGCCGAGGGAAAAAUUGGACGAGGCACCAUCAACAUCAGGCCCCAAACACCAGUUUGUCUUUCCUCCAAAUAAAGAAGGACAGGCACCUCUUAUUCGACCUGGUCGAAAGUCUGCUUCUGCAACCACCACAGUUUGCUCCUUCCUGCCGGAUGCCACCACGGUGUGCUCCUUUCCACUGGCCCCCACGACGGUAUGCCCCAUUGCGCCAACCCCCACCACAGUCUGCCACAUUGCACCGGCCCCUACCAUGGUGUGCCCCGUCACACCGACCUUCACCACAGUGCGCCCCAUCUCGCCAGCUUCCACCACAGUGUGCCCCAUCAUACCAGCCUCCACCACAGUGCGCCCUAUUGCGCCGGCCCCCACCACAGUGCGCCCCAUUGUGUCUGCCCCCACCACGGUGUGCUGCUUUCCACCGACCCUUAGCACGGUGUGCCCCAUUGCACCACCCCCCAUAGCACCAGGUGUUAUGCAGCCCAUUUCAGGACCUGAAUCAUUGUUUGGCACACUUGUUUUUAACCCAGACAUGAGUGUGUCAAUGGUGAUUCCAUCAUUUGCUGCACCAACAUCCAGUGCAGUCCCAGCUUCACCUGCACCUGCUGUUCCUCCACCUGCACCUGCUCCACCUGCACCUGCUGUUCCUCCACCUGCACCUGCACUUCAAAUGGCAAAUCCUUAGAGAACUGGUUGGCAGAACAGCGCCAGCAAAAUAAAGGACAAACUCCAGCUCCAGAAUAAAGGACAAAUUGCUGUAUAUAUUUUUGUAAAUGUUACAUGGG